AUGGCAAAGACAAGCACACCAGAAUUAAAAAAAUACAUGGACAAGCGUCUUUCACUUCAAUUGAACGGCAAUCGUAAAGUUACUGGUAUUCUUCGUGGAUAUGAUCCCUUCAUGAACAUUGUCUUGGAUGAAACAGUUGAAGAAAUUAGUCCAUCCGAAAAGCACAACAUUGGCAUGGUGGUAAUUCGUGGUAAUAGUAUCGCAAUCAUGGAAGCACUUGAACGUAUUUAA